CAAAAAAGAACAUUCCAUAUACCAUGGAGAAAAGCGCUUGAAAACGGCCUUAGGCAAAUUCCAUUGGUUAAAGAAAAUCGUUCUAGAGAAAAGCAACAGGAUACGAAUGCAAUUUCCAUACUCUUUGCUGGAAAAAUGAAGAGUUAUAUUAAAUGUAUUAACGUAGACUAUGAGUCAUUCUGUGUCGAAGAUUACUAUGAUAUUCAACUUAACGUAAAAGGGUGCAAGAAUUUAGAUGAAUCUUUCAUGGAUUAUAUAAAAGAAGAAACUUUAGAAGGAAAUAAUAAGUAUGACGCCGGAGAUUACGGACUACAAGAGGCGAAGAAAGGUGUAAUCUUUGAAAGUUUCCCACCCGUAUUACAUUUUCAAUUAAAACGGUUUGAAUACAAUUUACAAAGUGCUACUGUCAAUAAGAUAAAUGAUCGUUAUGAAUAUCCUAUGGAAAUUGAUUUAGAAAAAUAUUUAUCAUUAGAUGCAGAUAGAACAAAGCAGCACAAAUAUUUACUUUAUGGAGUGCUUGUACAUGAUGGUUUUUGUUAUGGAGGCCGUUAUUUUGCUUUAAUAAAACCAAAUAUGGAUGGAAAAUGGCUAAAAUUUGAUGAUGAUAGAGUUGUACCUGUAACAGAUAAAGAGGUACUUGAAAAUAACUAUGGGGGCGGACUCUCGAGUGCAUAUGUAUUAGUAUAUAUCCGUGAGUCUGAUAUCGACAAUAUAUUAACUCCAAUGCUUCCUGAGGAUAUACCAAAAAAUUUGCAAAGACAUCUUGAUGGGCAGAAAAAAGAAGAAUCAGAAGAACAAAAAAAAUAUUUGUAUGCCAAGAUUGCAACCCCAAAGACUAUUAAUCUCCACCAGGAUUAUGGUGUUGCUAAUUUUAACGAUCCACUAUCUGAAGUUCCACAAGUUAAAGGUUUAAAAAGUGAAAUAUAUAAAGACUUCAAAGCUAGAAUUGCAGCCAAACUUGAAAUUCCAACUGAACAAAUAAGAUUUUGGUUAUUUAUGCAUUAUAAUUUUAUUAAUUUUAUGCCAAUUCCAGACGAUUUUGAUGGCCUGUCAAUGGAUGCAAUUCUUGAGAGACUGGGUCUGGAACAAAAUGAGCUGAAUUUGUAUUUGGAAAUUGCACACAAGCCAAUUAAUGGCGAGGUAUGGUUCCCCGUGAGAAAUGCUUGCGUAAUGAUUUUCGUCAAGUAUUUUGACCCUAAUACCCAAUAUUUAGAAGGACUUGGCCAUAUAUAUAUUCAAAAACCAUACGAAGUUGAUGAUAUUCUUCCAAUUCUAUGUGAGAAAAAAGAAUUCCCACCACAUACACCUUUACGGGAAACAGAAACAAACAUGACUGAAGUAACAAAUAAUCUACAAAAUGGUGAUGUAAUUUGUUUUCAAAAGGAAUUCACAGAAAUAAAUCGGGGAGGUCAUACUUGUGAAAUUCCUACAUUCUAUAAGUCAUUAUCCACGCGUAUCAUCGUUCAAUUUAAGCCAAAAUUUAAAGAUGAAAAACAAAAAUCUGAAUUUAAAUUAUCCCUAAACAAAUAUUAUAAAUAUGAUGUUGUUGCUAGCCACGUUGCUGCGUAUCUAAAUACAGAUCCUUUGAAAUUAC